GAAAUCUGAGCUGUAAGAGGACGGCGGUGCAACCAGCAACACGUCCACAGAGGUGUCUGAGGGUUGCAUCAAAAAAAGUCCCUUUAAAAACUUUAAAGGAACAGUUUCCUGGAUUUUUGUGUGUUACAUCUGAACAGCCAAAAUGCCAGCUUUAGGACCAAAGAAAAAAGAAACUCUACCCAAACCGGACAGAGUGACUGAGGACUUUCCACAGCUGAGCAAUGAGAUGCAGCUGAGUAUCAUGAACAAAGUGAAGAAUGGAGAACUGUCCAUUGAGGAUGCUGUGAAUCAGGCCAGGAAGGACCAGCAGCAGAUGCUCAGACAGCAACACUUGGCUGAAGAGGAGCAGAAGCCCUCACAGUACAACUUCAGUGUUCAUAAACACUCACGCUACAGGUGGCAGAAGCGAGUUUUUCAGAUUGAUUUUAAGACCAAACUGUUGUGCAGCAUCGAGAAAGGAAUUGUGAAGAAACAGCUUGAGUUCUGGCAGGUUAAGAGUUGUGACGAUGGAGUCGGUUCCAGAUUCUCCAUAUCCUUUAAAGACCAUCACGACUAUGAACUGGAGGCAACGUCACUGGAGGACAAACACAAGAUCAUGCAGCUUGUGAAUCAGAUCAUCUACGGCAACAUAUACAGUGAGGGUGAAGGUGAAAAUGCAGAAUCAAAAUCACCCCAGCAGCCUCAAGCAUCACAAAGCCUUCGGGAAGGUGUCUUGCUUCUGCACCGAGGUGGCCUGGCAUCAUUCAAAUGGGUGAAAUAUGAGGCUCAGCUUCAUCCAGGCCAGUUAACGCUGGUCCCGUUCAGAAGGCAAUCGCCCACUGAUGUCAACAUAACAUCCCCAGCGCCCGUCUCGAUUGUGAUUCAUCUUUCACAUGGUGACACCAGCAUAAAGAAACCUUACGGCUUCGACACGUUCACUCUGAUCACCCUCAAAAAUGAAUACAACUUUAGGGUGAGUGGUGGAACAGAUGAAACAAACGGACCAGCAGCCAUUCAGAAGGAGCGGGAUGCUUGGGUCCAGGCCAUCGACAAACUGUGCUCGGAGUGGCAGAGGAGGUCCAGAGGUGAAAGUGUGACUAUGCCAUCAAAGAUUGUUCAGUGUCUUGACAUACCCGAAGAUGCAGAGGAUGCUGAUAACGACGCCGAGUCUCCUGUUGGGCUUAGUGCACCAAGUGGAAAUCAACAUUUUGUUUAUCCUUCACCUUCCAACAAUUCCGGCAGCAGCAGCAAUCAUUCAUCAGCUAGUGACACAAGCCACAGCCACUCUGAAAAACCUGUGGCUAAGUUGCGCAGCUCCAAGCCUAACAUUGUUGCACCUGGCGCACUGCGGUCAUCCCCGGCCUUGUCACCAGUCUCCCCUGGAGUCCCUGCAUUGUCAACCACCUCCCUUGUGUUGUCACCAGCCUCAGACGCCCUCACACACUCUCCCAGAGUCUCACAACCCUCUGCAUGUGAAUCACACUCCUCAGCUGUGGCGGAGCCCUCAGCUCCAAACAACCCACCACCCGCACCCCCAUCAAUCCCAGCGCCUCCACCUUUACCUUUCAAAUUAAAGAUGAUGUCAAAAAAACCACGAACCAAGGCUUUCCACUGGGACCUAGUAAGCUCACAGAAGUUUGCAAAAUCCUUUUGGGUGCAGCAAAGUGCCAGCAGAGUUGAAAUCGACGGUUUGCGUUUAUAUGAGCAGUUUGCAGUUGAGGACACGGUGACAGUGGGUGCGAGUGAACCGAGUAACACCCAGCACAUUAUGCUCAACCAGAAGAUUGCACACAACUUCAAUAUCUUUCUCAAAAGUUUUCCAGUGCAGCCGGGAGAGCUGAAGGACAAACUCUUCAUUGUUAAUGAGGAUGAUGGAGGCCUGUCUGAUGAGCACAUCACCUCUCUGAGGAGGUAUGUGCCCACCACAGACGAUGUGGAAAAGUACAAAUCCCAUAAGGGACCUGUGGAAGAACUGCACAUUGUGGAUCAGUACAUGAUGGAGAUGUGCAAUAUUCCGUGCUUGAGCACGCAGCUCGACCUGCUGCUGACUCUGAGAGAGCUCCCGAUCAGCAUGCAAGACCUGCAACCUCUGAUUAACCAGAAGAUCAGAAUGUGCACGCAGCUGUACAACUGCAGGUCAUUUGUUUCCGUGCUGGAGUACAUCCUCGCCAUCGGCAAUUACCUCAAUGAGAAUGCCGGAAAGAGAAAGGCCAAAGGAUUCUGUCUGUCCUCCUUAACUAAACUGGCUCAGUUCCGUGGGAGAGACAAGAAGUUCACCUUGCUGCAUGCCCUUGUGGAGCAGAUCAUGUUGCAAGAACCGAGUCUGGCCUCGUUUACCCAAGAGUUGGCAGAAUUUGAAACGGUCCCAGGAGCAUCCAUCAAAGGACUGACCGCAGAAGUUGAUGUGCUGAAGAAUGAACUUCAGAAAGUUAUUCAGUAUCGAAAAAUGUCAAAGAAGACAAAUACUGGAGCUCAUCAUCCCAACUUUGCCAAAGACUUGAAGAUGGCGAUUGACAGAUACAACACAGAUCUCUCGGCGCUGACAAAGACAUGUGAGGAGAUGAAGAAACUCUACUCUGCCACCCUGGUUAAAUUUGGAGAACCAGCAGAUCAAGACUCUCGGGAGCUGUUUGGGCUCAUCUGCCAGUUUGUUCUCGACUUCAAGAGGGCCCAUGCAGAAAUUAUGACUUAUCAGCACUGAACCUGCAGAAUUUGACACUUACAAACCUAAGUGAACCAUUCAAAUGAUAAUACAGGGCAGAAGAUGAGGAAAUGAAAUUAAACAUUUUAUGUAUUUUAAAAAGAAGCAACGAUUGUUUAGAUUGAUUGGUGGAUUACUUCUCUAUUUUAAUUAAAACAAUUUGUAGCAGACAUGACAUGAGCUCAGUGUGUACUGUCACCACACACUCAGUGGUCACUUCAUUACGUACGCCUAGUAGCGAAAUUCUAAAUCACCUCACACGGGCGCACCAAUAUCAAUCAAUCAAUCAAUCAACUUUUUUUUUAUAUAGCGCCAAAUCACAACAAACAG